GUUAAUACUGAUCUGUUAAAAAAUAGAUUCGAAAGCAAAGUCUCCUAAUAGUCAUACCAUUUUCCUACAAAUUAAAUAUGGAGAAGGCCUUGAGAUCUUUUCUCUUAACAUUACUCUUGUUGUUUCACUAUGUUAUGCCUACUUCAGCCAUGACGCGUACCAACGUUUCUACGGAUCAAUUAACUCUUCUGUCUUUGAAAUCUCAAAUUAGUUCCGACCCUUUUCAUUACUUGGAUGAAAGUUGGUCUCCUGCUACUUAUGUUUGUCAUUGGGUAGGAGUCACUUAUGACUAUCGUCACCAGAGAGUGAAGUCCUUGAAUCUUUCCAACAUGAUCCUUACAGGCACAAUUCCACGUGAUUUUGGAAACCUCACAUUUCUUGUUUCUCUUGACUUGAGAAGGAACAAAUUCCAUGGAAAUUUGCCUCAAGAAAUGGUACACUUGCGUCAACUUAAGUUUCUUGAUUUAAGUUUGAACAAAUUCAGUGGGGAGGUUCCUUCUUGGUUUGGGUUUUUAGACCAACUUCAAUAUCUAUAUCUUAGGUAUAACAGUUUCACUGGUUCCAUUCCUCCGUCACUCUCGAAUGCCUCAAGGUUGGAGACUUUAGUAAUAUCUGCCAAUUUACUUGAAGGAAACAUCCCGGAAGAGAUUGGCAAUCUUCACAACCUGAAAUACUUGUCCAUGGAAAUUAAUCAGCUUACGGGUUCUAUACCAUUCACAAUUUUCAAUAUUUCUAGAAUUGAAGUCAUCGCAUUUACAGAUAAUAGAUUAUCAGGAGAUCUUCCCAAUGGCUUAUGCAAUCGUCUCCCAUUACUCAAAGGGCUUCAUCUAACCGGAAACAAGCUUCAUGGUCAUAUGCCUACAAGCUUGUCAAAUUGUUCACAACUUCAAAUAUUGGAUUUAUCAGGCAAUGAGUUUGACAGACGAAUACGUACUGAAAUUGGAAGAUUGAGUAACUUGCAGGAAUUGUAUCUUGGAUCUAACCAUUUCACAGGGAUAAUUCCACAAGAAAUUGGAAAUCUUGUUAAUUUGGUUGAGUUAGGCGUGGAGAGUAACCAGAUUACCGGCUCUAUCCCGAUCUCCAUAUUUAAUAUCUCAUCGUUGCAAAUUGUUUUACUAAGGGAGAACAAUCUCAAGGGAUCCUUACCACGGGAGAUUGGCCACUUAACCAAGAUGCAAUUAUUAUACCUAGACGAGAAUAGAUUUACUGGUAUGUAUUCAAAGUUAUAGUGAUCUGUAUUGAGCUAGUUCUUUCUUCACGUGUUGACAUGUGAAAUACCCAAAGAUAUAAGAAAUCUAGUUGAGUUGGAGGAAUUUGAUGUUGGGUUUAAUAGUUUUAGUGGUUCACUUCCAAUGGAGAUCUUCAACAUAUCACGACUGAGA